AUGCGAGGAAGCGUUCAACCAUUUCAAAAAGAUACUUGCAACACCGCCUGUGCUCGUAAACCUGUUGGUCGGAGAACCGCUUUACCUGUACCUAGACCGCUCUACCUGUACCUGGCAGUAACGGAGGAAGCGCUGGCGGCGGUCUUGGUGCGGGAAGAAGCAAAAGCCCAACAACCAUUUUACUUUGUGAGUAAAGUGCUGCAAGGAGCAGAACUUAGGUACAGCAAGUUGGAGAAACUGGCACUAGCGCUCCUAACCUCUUCCCACAGGCUACGGAAAUACUUCCAAGGUCACCAAGUGGUCGUAAGAACGGACCAGGGAAUCCGUCAAGUGCUCCAAAAACCCGACCUAGCGGGAAGGAUGAUGACCUGGGCCAUCGAGCUAUCCCAAUAUAAUUUAAGGUACGAGCCUCGACAUGCAAUCAAGGCGCAAGCAAUGGCAGACUUCCUGGUGGAAGUAACCAGAGACCCAACCGAGGACACGGGCAUACGGUGGAAGCUCCAUGUAGACAAAGCCUCCAACCAAACGUCCGGGGGCGCCGGGAUCAUCUUGGAAAGCCCGACCGGGGUUAUUUACGAACAGUCGGUCAAGUUCGAGUUUUCAGUAUCGAAUAACCAAGCAGAAUAUGAAGCCCUCCUAGGCGGCUUGAUCUUAGCCCGGGAAGUCGGGGCUACGAGGAUAGAAGUAUGCAGCGACUCACAGAUCGUCACGUCGCAAGUAAUUGGAAACUACCAAGCUAGAUAUUCACUAUUACAGAAGUACUUAGAGAGGGUUAAAGAACUGAGCAAACAGUUUGAGGAGGUCACGGUCCAACACGUUCCAAGGGAGAGGAACACACGGGUAGACCUCCUAUCCAAACUUGCGAGCACGAAACCCGGAACCAGCAACCGCUCCCUCAUUCAAGGCAUCACGAGAGAACCAGCGGUUGCCCUCCACCUGACCAAGAUAAGCCCCUCCUGGAUGGACUCCAUCACCGAUUUCUUGCAAAACGGCAAACUCCCGAGAGGCGAGAAGGAAGCUAAAACAUUAAGAAGGGAGGCUGCCAAAUACACGGUCAUACAGGGCCAACUGUUCAAAAAGGGACUUAGCCAACCUCUGCUGAAGUGCCUACACCCCGACCAGACGGACUACGUGCUCAGAGAAGUCCACGAGGGGUGCUGUGGCCACCACAUUGGGGGCAAAGCCCUAGCAAGGAAGCUCAUUCGAGCUGGAUACUACUGGCCAUCAAUGAUGGAAGACUCCAAGGAGUUCGUGAAAAAAUGCGUCAAGUGCCAAGAGAACACUAAUUUCUACAAAGCACCAGCCACCGAACUAAGCCUGAUAACGUCCUCCCGACCCUUCGCACAGUGGGGAGUCGACCUCUUGGGACCUUUCCCGGUUGACCCAGGGCAAGUCAAUUAUCUCAUAGUCGCUGUCGACUAUUACACCAAAUGGAUAGAAGCCGAGCCACUGGCCACUAUCUCCUCGUCCAAUUGUAGAAAGUUCAUGUGGAGGCAGGUGAUAACUCGGUUCGGUAUCCCGGAGGUCGUCAUUUCAGACAACGGGACGUAG